GGGGAGGCCAAAUAAAGUUCAUUGCUGUCCCCCAACGGUCAUCUUUUUCUUGUUUCCUCAGAAUUCAUUCGUAAAUAGUCAUCUAUCAAACGAAUAUCCUGCCUCCUCUGUAGCCGUUCCUCUGGUUCUAUAUGGCAGUCAUUUACCAAAUCUUAGAAUAAAUCCGAAGUGCAGAGCUUAUGGAUCCCCUCAGCAUCACCGCAGGCGCCAUAGGCAUCACACAGUUUGCUAUGUCCAGCAUUGCCCAACUCUAUGAUAAUAUUAACGAUCUUGCCGAGGCUGAAGAAGUCGCACGAGAUAUUGCCUUGACCUUAGAAGGCGUACAGCGCCCGUUGGCAGCUCUGGAAAAACUCACCAUUUCAGACCCCACGAUUUAUGUCGCAGCGAAAGUGGAUCUGGAGAAAACCGGUAUCGUCGAAGCUGUUAACAACUGUGGGCAGGCAUGUGCCGACUUUGCAGACAAUCUAAAGCGGUGGACGAAACAUUCUACCAGUACAAAAAUCUCACUUAGAGACCGAUUUUCAGUCGGCGUUUGGAACAAGGAGAAAAUCCGGACUUUUAGAAUGCAGGUUCAGUCUUGCCAGGACACAGUUCAGUUUGCAAUUACAAGUACCCAGUUAAUCGUUCAACUCCGCUCUGAACGAACGUCAGGGACUGAUCGCAAGAAACUAAAGACCCAAUUGCAGGCUCUCGAGACACAGAUCCAAGAACAUAUAGAUCUCGCUAAGAAGCAGCAGGAUGAAGCACAAAGACGUAUGCAAGAUCUGCAGGAGGAGCUAGAGGACGAAGAAGAUGGCGGUGCUCAGCGAGCCCUAGCCACACAAGAGGUCGAGAAGCAGAAAGGCCUAUUGGAGGCUGACGAAGUUUCCUCUGUAGUCAUCUUCUCACAAGUGCAGCCUAAACGGACCCGUCAGGAUAUCAGUAACGUCAUAACUUCCGAUGAUUCAAAGGUUUUGGUAGGAAUGCCGGAGAGUGUUGUUGGAGAAGUCAACCAACGGAUCAAAGACGUAGCCACAAAGAGUCGAUCUGCUGCAGCGGUGGGAGUUUUUGACAAGAAUGUUGACAUGAGAAAUUUCUUCAAGUCUACAUAGCUAUCAGGGGCUCGUAGGUAGAGAGCAGUUGUCUAUCCCAUGAACCGUCGAAUAGACAGCUAGUAGGAGCGCAAAAAACUAAUGUUUUUCUACCAUGUCUCAAACGCGUGUGUAUAGCCCAAAAAUUGCCGGACUUUCCUUAAUCAAUUAAAAUUCCUUAAACAUCGAUUAAAAUUUCCUAAAAUUUGUCUACCUCGUAAGGAGUGAGGUCAAAGGAGGGGGGUGGGUCAUCCAAGCAACCACCACUUCUCGCCACCCCGAAGCAGGAACCAGUAACACUAGCACAAGAUCCUAGGCAUGAUCCGAGUUACAGGGACGCGAACAGCGGAGAAGAGUGCUUAGUGG